AUGUCCACUUCAUCUGUCAAGGCUCCCUCUCUAAACUCCAAGAAUGGAUCCCUUCCUUCAGUUCCGCAAUCUUCAUCAUCAACUAAGUCUCGAGUAUCGAACAGUACCUCAAAUACCCCCUCACCCAGACCACAGUUACUGCUCAACGGAGUAUCUCCACAAGAUGUCAUUGCAGAGAGUCCCGUCAGUGCGGAGAAUCCAGACGAACAAGCACAAAUGAUUCGCUCCACUUCCAAACAUAGCAUCAGCCCCCUCACCAAAUCGACACGAAGCUAUUCUGGUAACCGAUCGGUGAUUGAUCCUUUGGACGACCCUUUCGCCCAUUCCAUCCAGAGGUUAGAGAAGGCUGUGGAUAGAUUUGAAAUGGUAGGAUCGGGAAUGGAAUUCGUCGGAAAUGUCUUAUCUGCCAUACCUUUGCUACAGACAGGAGGAGCUAUCAUGAUGUGUCUACGUCAAAUGUUAGAUGCUGCCAAGAAGGUGAUGGAAAACAAGUUGGAUGCUUUGGGUCUGGUCAGUGACUCCAUUACUAUCGUCGAAGCUGUACAGGGAAGGAUCAGAUCGAGUACCACCCCUCUAUCAGAGGAUGUUCAGUACGGGGUAGAAGCUUUGUUUGUAAAAUUGACAAGUAAUACUGAACUCCUCCAGAACUUUGUCGGACGAUCCAAGUUCAAAUUAUUUUUAUAUGCGAGUAAGAUGCAGCGGCAAAUCGAUGAUGCGAGAAACGAUACCUUGAUGUACAUCGCUCGAUUUACGCUGGAAUCUAUUGUUUCAUUUGAUCAACUUCAACAAGAAGCUCAAGUUCAAAGAGAACAAGAUAGGCAAGACUUUGCGAAGAGGUUGGAACAGUUUAUCCGAAACCCUGAGUCUGCGCGUCAUCUCAUCGCGAAUGAGGAAGUACCGGAGAUCCUUGUAACUCUCCAACGAGAGGUGGAAAGACAGUAUCAUAAUCGUUAUCGCUCUCCAGGCUCAUCCUCACCGUCUUCGGCAGCUGUACAAUUCCCUACCCCUCACCCUUACUACCCGCCACCUCCUCCCACUACAGCUCCACAGACUCGAUAUGGCGGAUCUGAGGCGGUACAGUCCUCCGAGGUUCAAGCAUUUUCCGUGGAUAAUGAUGAUCUAGCACUGACGAGACAAGCGACAUGGGAAGAUUCAGAGCCAGUCAUUACCCGCCAUGGUAGAAGGGCUUGGCAGGUGACAACUGAUGAAACCGAUAUCGAAACCUCGAAAGGCAUGUUCUGUCAAAGCUUCCUCAAAUACCUUCGAAGUGAGAGUCAAAAAAGUGUAGAAGAUCUACCAGUUUGGACUAUAACUGAGUAUGAAGUAUAUCGAGAACAACGAGAGUGUACAAGCAACUUCGCCAAGGUCUGGAAGGGUAGAUGGCAUGAUCAAGAAGUCGCGAUCAAGGAUCUUGAUCCACUAACCGAUAAACAUCUCUUCCUCGCGGAGGUGAACAUAUGGUGUCGCCUCGAUAGCGAAUUCGUAUUACCAUUCUUUGGAGCCUCAAGCGCGGUUGGUCCUCCACCUUGGUUUCUGGUCAGUCCAUGGAUGAAAAACGGUCGAAUAACCGAUUACAUCCGUUCAGAUGCAGGAAGCAAAGUCGAUCGAAUCGCUCUGAUCCAUCGAGUCGCUCAGGGAAUGGAAUAUCUACAUUCUCGAGAUGUGGUUCAUGGCGAUCUGAAAGGUCAAAAUAUCUUAAUUGAUGAUGAAGGUAGACCUAGGCUAUGUGAUUUCGGUCUAUCACAAAUCAAGAUCGAUAUCACCAGCAAAUCUGCUAACCCCACGGAAGGGGAGAGUAACGCCGGAACACUUAGAUUUCUUCCACCGGAGAGAUUGAAAUCAUCACCUAUGACGAAGGAAUGUGAUGUCUACUCGUUCGCUAUGACUAUCUAUCAAAUCUAUUCAGGUGAAAUUCCUUUUGCUGCUUUGGACGCUUACAAUGCCAAAAUGAGCAUCUUGGAGGGUGUACGACCACCUCAAAUCUCUGAUAUUCCAGAUCAAUUGUACGGACUCAUGACUCGUUGCUGGGCGGCAGAUCCCCGCAUUCGUCCAAGUUUCGAAGAAAUCACUGCAGAGCUGCAGGGGAUGUAUAACCACGCAGAUUCUCCAGCUCAAUCCUACCGGUCUGUCCCAACCUUGCUGGACUUGUCCGGCGAUAGGCUUGAACCCCCUCAACCAACUUCCAAUCUCGCAAUUCCAAUGGAAAGACUGAAUAUAGGCAAGACCAGAACCGAAGCUGAAUCGACCUUGACCGCUCAAUUAUCAGUUCCUACCGAAUUAGAUGAACACGACUCGAGAGAUCCUGUCUUUUCAGAUGACGAAUCGGACCGUAUCUCUGUGGCUAGUGAUGCAGCGAGUGCGAUUUAUCUGCCCGAUCAGACGGAUCGAGAAGCGCCUACGGAGCUAGAACUGGAAAGACGUUACCGAAAGUACUUCAAUUAUCACGACUACUCUGAUCACUUCAAUCUACCUCAAUGGAACCCCACCAUCGUCGCAUUGGGCGAUAUUGGAUUCAUGAAAGACGGUCGAUUCGUCUAUCUCGAUAAUGCGAUAGGAAGCAAGAUCACACCUGGACAAGGUUUACUCUUCUCAACUGCUGCACCUCUAAAUGUUAUUGCAGUAAGCGAAACUGCCAUCUAUCCCAAGCUUGUGAGCGAUAUGGCAAAGGACUUCGGGGUUAGAAUCGUUUCAGCAUUCCGUACGAAGAAGACCAGGUUCACUAAGGCUGUCAGACGACAAACAUCGGUACCAAUGUAUCCAGGUAGAAAAGCUGUCAGACUGAUAGUGGCCGAUGGGAAGAUGCAAAUGAUACGAGAUUACUCCAAACUCAAAGCUUACCUAAUGGAAAAUAUCGAUGGUAUCCUCAAAAUAGCGGAAGAACAGGGAUAUGGACUGAUGCAGAAAACGGACAUUGUUCUUGUAGUGGGAGUCUUGAUUGCCAAUAAUUACGCAAUGGCUGUAUCCGAUUUCGCUCCAGGAGCAAGCCUGAAGUUCAACGUUUUAUCACCCACUCGCAAGUCCGAUAAAGAACCUUGGGGUUUCUGGACGCUGGCUCGAGAUCAAGGAGACGAUGCAUCUUCCUACCGUCUGGAAACCAGCUCAGGCUCAAGCUCAAACCCAAGUCCGGCACCUUCACAAUCACACGUCCCGCCUUCUCCGCCAGGAUUACCCAUUAUUAAUAGACGGUUGCCUGAUGUCGACGAUGGGCCACUCCAGUACUCCGUCAAGACGAGUAAACCUAAUGGUCCAAAGAAUGCUGUACACCUAUCAGUAUUGAGAUUCCCUCCUACUGGUGGCGAUCCUACCUUCUUCCGUGAUUUGGCUUGA